UCACUCCUGGUCCGCUGCUGCAGACCUAUACACAACAAACACCAGGCAUGGCUGGAGAAACCGAUCAGUCCUCUUGAUCAUCUGUCUCACCUUCAGUCUCGUCCUGAGCUCCAUCCUCCUCCUCUACCUGCUCUAUGUCCUGCAGUACGGCCUGAUGGUGGCUGCUGGGAUAGCAGGCUCCUUUUGGGUGGUAGUGGGGGCCUCUCUGUUCCUCUCUAAGAGGGUGCGGUGCUUUGGGGUUCUGUUUGUGCUGUCUUGUGGGAUGAGGCAGGGCCGGAACGUUCUCAUCACCGCUGGGACAAGUUUGGUGGUUCUCAAGAACGUCCAGAACACGCUGGAGAACAUCACAGGGCUCAGUAGGAGUAUGGUGUGCAACCUGCAGGCCAAGAGGGUGUCCAUCGACACCACGCCGCUCUGUAACUACGUCAGGAUGUUGAGAUGGGUCGGCGACGUACUCAGAGCGUUCACAGACUUCGGGGUGGCGGAGUUGGUUUCUGAUCUGAAGGUCACGUCAGAAGGAGACACUGAGAAGUUGAGGGACAGGCUGGUUGAAGCUGAGAGGACUCUGAAUGGAACUGCAAAGAGCAUCCGGGCCGCGGUGGACACGCUGUUCUCUGUAAGUCAGAGACUUUUCCCUGCCUUCAGUUUCCUCCUGCUGAUGGGCUUCACAGUGCUGCACUUGAGGAGAUAUUGCCACAACAAGAAAUAUGAAAAUGUGUACAUAACCAGGACUUUCAUAAAUUUUGAUGAGAAGCAGAAGGCAGAAGGAAGGCCUCCAGUGCUCCCCCUCACGCCGAAGGAGGCUAGACGCUACAUCACCAUCCCUUCCCCUCGACUCAGUGCCACGGAAGGGAAAACCAUGCUGAAAUUCAGUUUCCCAGUGUUCACCCAUUGUCUAGCCUGGGAAGACAUGUCCAUUAUUGGUGUCCCCAUUUCAGAGGAGAUCAACAGGAGGGAUUUCUCCUACCAGGUGUCCAUCUUUGAGAAGAGUUGCCUUCCUAAACCUAGAUUAGUACUCUAUGACUCCAUCCUACCUCUGGUUGUGUUACUAGCUGCCCUUCUCAGCAUGGCCCUGAUGUCUGCCAAGCUCACACAGAUCAGGCUCAUGGUGUGUGAGCAGUUCUUCUCCACCAAUGCUGAGGAGAGGGUGGAGUUUCUGCAUGCUAAGAUCCUGAAGAAGAGAUCAAGAAAGGAAGGGAACGGGAAAGCUGAGGAAAGCAGUCUGAGAUCCCUCAUCAAGAAGGUCUGCAUAAUCCAGAGAUCAUUGAUAAACAUUGAUGGAAACCUUAGAAUGGUAUAAUACUGUAUAUUACAUAGAUGUUCUUAUGUGGCCUAAAGUACUGCACAUUGUCAU